UCAAAAUUAAGCUUUCCAUCGUUCAAUACAUCUUUUUUUCACUAACAAUUCAGAUUCAAACCACUAAUGGCUCGUUCUUUCGCCAACGCUAAGGUUCUCUCUGCUAUCAUCCUUGACGGUUUUUCCAACACUUUUACAAGGCGUGGUUACGCUGCGGCUACAGAAAGUACAACGAGGGGAGGAGUGGUGUCUGCCGGAAACAAGACGGGAGCCACGAAGUCAAGGGAAGAAGGUGUUUCUGCUUAUAAGGUUUCAUGGGUUCCAGAUCCAGUCACUGGUUACUAUAGGCCUGAGAACAUUAAGGAUAUUGAUGCUGCUGAAUUACGUGCUAAGCUUCCCCCCAAAAAAUUCAACAACUAAUCUCAACUGGUUCAAGAAGUAUAUUGAUUUUUAUUAGAUAAAUUUUGUUACAUAUAUUCUGGUAUAGUAGUUAUUUCAACGGUGACUCUCAUGAAGUUUUGGGAUCGAUUUUACAUAG